AUGUGUAAAGCCGGUUUUGCCGGUGAUGACGCUCCACGUGCAGUUUUCCCAUCCAUCGUCGGUAGACCAAGACACCAGGGUAUCAUGGUUGGUAUGGGCCAGAAGGACUCUUAUGUUGGAGAUGAAGCUCAAUCCAAGAGAGGUAUCUUGACCCUGAGAUACCCAAUUGAGCAUGGUAUCGUCACUAACUGGGAUGACAUGGAGAAGAUCUGGCAUCACACUUUCUACAACGAGUUGCGUGUCGCUCCAGAAGAGCACCCAGUCUUGUUGACCGAGGCCCCAAUGAACCCAAAGUCAAACAGAGAGAAGAUGACUCAAAUCAUGUUUGAGACUUUCAACUGCCCAGCCUUCUACGUGUCCAUCCAGGCCGUUUUGUCCCUGUACUCUUCCGGUAGAACCACUGGUAUUGUCUUGGACUCCGGUGAUGGUGUUACCCACGUUGUUCCAAUCUACGCUGGUUUCUCUUUGCCACACGCCAUUUUGAGAAUUGACUUGGCUGGUAGAGAUUUGACCGACUACUUGAUGAAGAUUCUGUCUGAGCGUGGUUACACUUUCUCCACUACUGCCGAGCGUGAAAUUGUUCGUGACAUCAAGGAGAAGCUGUGUUACGUUGCCUUGGACUUUGACCAAGAGUUGCAGACCUCUUCCCAGUCUUCUGCCAUUGAGAAGUCUUACGAGUUGCCAGAUGGUCAAGUUAUCACCAUCGGUAACGAAAGAUUCAGAGCCCCAGAGGCUUUGUUCCACCCAAGUGCCUUGGGUCUCGAAGCCGUUGGUAUCGACCAAACCACCUACAACUCCAUCACCAAGUGUGACUUGGAUGUUCGUAAGGACUUGUACGGUAACAUUGUCAUGUCUGGUGGUACUACUAUGUUCCCAGGUAUUGCCGAACGUAUGCAAAAGGAGAUCACUGCAUUGGCUCCAUCUUCUAUGAAGGUCAAGAUCAUUGCUCCACCAGAGCGUAAGUACUCUGUCUGGAUCGGUGGUUCCAUCUUGGCAUCUUUGUCGACUUUCCAACAAAUGUGGAUCUCAAAGCAAGAAUACGACGAGUCUGGACCUUCUAUCGUCCACCACAAGUGUUUCUAA